AUGGGAAAACUUUAGUUUAGCACCCCACGAUUUCAGGGUUAAGAGGGGUAUGGUUGGAUAGAGGAGAUUCUCCAGAUCACGAAUAUAUAUAACUAUUGGCGCCGGAAACGUAUAGUUUUCCAGAUAUUUCCAUUUUAAGUGGAAAUUGUUACACUACAACCUUUUAUUUAAAACUCUGUGUCAAAAAAAGGCAUAUUCGAUCAGGUGAUCACGGCUGUUUCACACAGAUAGGAAAACAGCUGAUUCUUUGGCUACUUGUAGGCUUAUACAUUGGCUUAAACGUACGUAACUAAUGUAAGCAACUAAAUGUGUGAACAAUGAAAACUCAUCGAACACACUAAAUGUCGGUGCGAACUACUUCGGUUCCACAAUCCACAAAUUGUGUUUUAAAGAGGUUUUCAAUUUGGUGCGAACAUAGUAUAAAGUAGUAGUAUAAUGGUAUGAAACGAUUGAAACGAAAAAUCAUCACGUAAACACUAAUCGUUUCUGGGAUAUAUUCAAAAAGUCGCCGAUAUCCAGUUGUCUAAAAUAUCGUUGAUUUUAAACUAUCGAUGUAUUAUUUACUCACAUACAAUUGGGUGGAGUUAUCAAAACAUUGUUCAUAGUGUAAGAUUUAUUUACGGGAUUUUGCGAAUACUAAUAUUUUUCGUUUUUUGAAUCAAGUGGACAACGUAUUUUUAAUAUUUACUUCAGGGUCGCAGAGUUUUACAUGUCAUUUGAAUAUAAGAAAAUUACAAUUUGUUAUUAAGCUUAAUAUUUUAAUUAAGGACGAUAAUAUAUGUAUUAAUGCCGCCUCAAAGGUAUACACACGCUAUAGUGGCAAGAAUUUCAGACUCAAUAAAGAAGAAAGGUGAAUUUGACUAUGCUAAGGCAAAACAACAGCAUCAAAAUUUCUGCUCAUUGUUGCGAGAUAUUGGCUUGGACGUCAUUGAGUUGCCGCCAGAUGAAACGUUACCGGAGGGUGUUUUUGUAGAAAAUGCGGCAAUAAUAUGCAAUGGAGUAGCUUUAAUAAGUAAAUCGGACAAUUUAUUGCGACAAAGAGAGGCGGACAGUAUGGAAAUCAUUCUGAAGAAAGAGCUUGAUAUCCCUGUGGUUAACCCUAACAUCCCUAAUGCUAUAUUGGACGGGGGAGAUGUUUUAUUUACGGGUCGUGAAUUCUUUGUGGGCAUAUCCAACUAUACAAACGAAGAUGGCGCAAAAUCUGUUGCAGUUGCCUUUCCUGAGUAUCCUGUAACGCCUAUCAAGGUUAGUGGGAAUAAACGUCUUAAACAUUAUGUUACAAUGGCUGGUCCAGAUGUAUUAUCUGUAAGUACAAGUAUCUACUGCCAGGAAAUUGUUAAACGGAUGGAACGAGAAGCAAGUUAUAAGUAUCAAAAAAUUACUUUGCCUGAGGAAUAUGCUGCCAAUAUGAUAUAUGUUAACGGCUUUCUUAUACAUCGAUCACCCGAGGAAAUUCCUGCUUCUUAUAAGGUUAUUAAAGAAAAGAUAGACACACCAAGCCGAAAUAUAAAUAUUAGCGAAUUUGGACAAUACUCAAGUGGUCUAACUUCUGCUUGCUUGUUAUUGCGUCGAUGGAAAUCAAUAAGAAAUAUUUAAAUAAUACUACAGUAAGAUUUGAAUUGUGGUUAAAAAUCCACUAGAAGUAAUAAUCAUUUCCGCCAAUAGUUGUUUAAUUAAAUAUACAUAUAUAAAAACUGUGACAAGCCUAUUCAAAUUAAAUUAUUUAAAUAUAUGCUUACAAUGUUAUAUUAUUAACUAGUUCAAAUAUAAUAUACACACAUAUACAAAUAAAUUGUAUAUAUUAAAAAUAUUGUUAUAGAAAUUAACAUUUAUAAUAUAAGGAAAAUUCCAUAGCAAAUUUAUAAACAACAGUUUCAUUAAAAUCAUCAGCAAAAAGCAAAGGGCUGCUCAAUAAUUACAGCAAUACUACAAUACUGUUACUUACAUCAUUGUGUGUACCUAUAUGCAGGCUGCUAAAAAUAUAUAGUAUGUACAUAUAUUUCUUUUAAAUCAGAUAUCAACUAUUCCAUCAAUAAAAACCCCUGUUUGAAGUAUUAUUUAACUUCAACUUUUUUGUAGAUUUUGGCCAUUUAAGAUAGCUUAAAUGUAAUUCCGACCAUUCGCCAGUGUUUUUAAAUCUAUAUGAAAACCCAAUAAAUUCGACCGAUAUGGCCACAUUAUCGAAUAACUGAUUGGUACAACUUUUAAACCAUAAUGGCUAAAGUCGACCGGUGCUGUCUUGGAUCGUGACGUUGAAACAUUCAUAAAAAAAUAAAAAUGCUGCGUGGAAGAGUACACCGGAUAUUCGUGGGAAUCUAAGUGGGAGAAAAGUUCUUCAUAAUAAAGGCAAAAUAGGAAAUCUGCUCUCAUAACUGAGAUUAACACAAAUUAGAAUAAAUGUAAUAGGUGUCAGGAAUUCAUAUAUUAUUGGUGUGAUGUUCGAAACAGAAAUUCUAUCGGUUUUAGGUAACACUGAAACCAAUUUUAUAGGUUUUAUUAUCAGAAAUAAAGCAAGAAGAUAGUCGCUAACAUAUUUGAAAUGGAAAAAAAGAUGAAGACAAAAUGCCGUAAUUAUUGAGUGGGAAAAAUCCAUAUAUUUGAAGAGCAUUGACAAAACAUAAUAAACGUAAUUCAACACUAUAACAAAUGCAUCUUUAUUCAGGCGAUAAAGUAAUAUAAAUAUGUGGUUGCAUCCACACGUCAGCAUUUCUCCUAUAACUAUCAAGGAAAUUAAAAAAAAUUAAGAAAAAGCACCUUGAUUCCAUCUAAUAAAUGGGGAAAAAAUACGUGGCUAAAUGAGUUACGCCUCUCCCUUCCAUACACGCCACUGAGCGCCAACACCACAUCAACACAA